AUGUCGAGGAGGACUCUGUCUUGCCUUGUCACAUCUGCAGAUACCAACGUGGUCCUGGCACCAGCUCAACAGGAACAUGAUGAGUGGCCCCACGCUGUGCCCGCGGUUCCCUUGCUGAGAUUGGGAGUGAUGCUGCGUCUGGGCCGGGAAGGGACGUUAACUGGAAAAGCUGUUUGUGGUCACCUCCCUGUUAGCAUCAGAAGGGAGCAUGUGGCUGCUCUUUGUUGGUCUGUGAGCGUGAAAAUGGGCGCUGAAGGCCCCGUUACCUCUCAUGUUGCGGAGCUGACCUACGUCAGCCGCCGCCAGAGGAAAACGCAGCUCGCUCUUGCCGCGGAGACAGGCCCUGAGACGCAAAUAACUCUGGCGCGAUCCGAGCAGACGUUGCGCAACCUCUGCCACGCGGUUCAUUCGGCGCACCUCCGUUGCAGGAUUGAGUCAGAGGAGCGAGCUGAGCCCUCCGACAAAGAAACCCCGGGGCAGCUGCCGGCCCGGCUGGGCGCUGAGGCACGGCUGACGUUGGGGUGGGAUGGCAAAUUACAUUUUCAGCAUUGCACCGUAGGUGCUAAUGGUAUCGGCAAGAAGAGAAACCCUGGGCUGAAAAUUCCUAAAGAAGCAUUUGAGCAACCACAGACAAGCUCCACGCCACCCAGAGAUCUAGACUCCAAAGCCUGCAUCUCUAUUGGCGAGGAGAACUUUGAGGUGAAAGCCGAUGACCUGGAGCCCAUCUCUGAGCUGGGACGAGGUGCGUACGGGGUGGUGGAGAAGAUGCGGCACAUGCCCAGCGGGCAGAUCAUGGCAGUGAAGCGGAUCCGAGCCACAGUGAACAGCCAGGAGCAGAAGAGGUUAUUGAUGGAUCUGGAUAUCUCCAUGAGGACGGUAGAUUGCCCCUUCACUGUCACCUUUUAUGGGGCACUUUUCCGAGAGGGAGACGUGUGGAUUUGCAUGGAGCUGAUGGAUACGUCACUGGACAAAUUCUACAAACAUGUCAUUGACAAAGGCCUCACGAUUCCUGAGGACAUCUUAGGGAAAAUAGCUGUCUCUAUCGUAAAAGCACUAGAGCAUCUACACAGUAAGCUCUCCGUGAUCCACAGAGAUGUAAAGCCCUCUAAUGUAUUGAUCAAUACGCAGGGGCAGGUGAAAAUGUGCGAUUUUGGAAUUAGCGGUUACCUCGUUGACUCGGUUGCUAAAACCAUGGAUGCAGGAUGCAAACCCUACAUGGCUCCUGAAAGAAUUAACCCAGAGCUGAACCAGAAGGGAUACAGCGUCAAAUCUGAUAUCUGGAGCCUGGGCAUCACGAUGGCGCUGCAGUGCCAUCCGCAGCUUGCCAAGUUGGCAGGUGGAUGGUGGGUUUGCGUGGUAGCCAAGAAAGGACGGCAGAUCGACAAAUACAGAAAUUGUGACACCUUUUCCCCGCCACCGACGUGUACGUGUGUGAAGAUCUUUUCAAGUUGCUCCAAGUGUCUUUCCCCUAAAUACACUGUCAGGAACUUGAAGAAGAAUUCCAAAGAACGGCCAACAUACCCAGAGCUUAUGCAACAUCCUUUCUUCACCCUGCACGAAUCCAAAGAGACAGACGUCGCCUCUUUUGUCAAACUCAUCCUGGGAGACUGAGAACUGGACUUGUAAAUGAAUUGCCCUUCUGUGGACUGGUGGGUGCAGGGGAGGGGCGCGUGGCAGGACUUGUCAUGAAAGCACCAACAGAAAGUCGCCGUGUUUUGUUUUGUUUUGUUUUUAUUCUGAGAAACCCCCGCCUCGCCGAAGUUUUUAAAAGGGUUUUUUGGUAUCCAUAGUGACAUAGAAGGAGCUGGUUAGUGAAAUGAAUUUUAAUAAGGUUGGUAACCUUAAAACAAAAACAAAACAAAAAAAAAUUUAAAAGAGUGAUUUACAUAUUUAAUGACAGUCAAACUCCCUCUUCCUAACUUUCUCCUCAUCCCCCUUCCCUUCCCCGUGAACCAGAAUUUGCUUUGUCAUGGUAAUAGGUGCUAUGGUAGUCAUGAAGUUGUAUGUAGAUUUAUAUUUUGUCCCUUCCAUUAUUUUAAUAUUUAUGUUAAGUGCUUGAUGGAAUAGAUUUCUGUUUUAUAUGA